AUGGGCUUCUGGAACGAUGGCUUCUCGUCCCGGCCUCGAUCACGCUCUCGUUCUCGCUCCCGCGACCGGCGCCAUUCUUCAUCAUCUAAACACUAUGCCUCGAAGCCCGUAUACGCACGAUCCUCCUCCUCCUUUUUCGGUCUCCCCAACACUUCCACCGCCUCUCACCAUUCCACCUCAUCCAAAAGAUAUUACUCCUCUUCUCGCGCUCAACCAAGAAGCAACUACUCCAACCGGCUCAUGAGCCGUCUCCGCCGUUUCAUCCGCGACUUAUAUUACUAUAUGCGCCGGCACCCGUUGAAGGUCUUCGUUCUCGUCAUUAUGCCUUUGCUUACUGGUGGGGUCCUGACAAAGAUACUUGCGCAAUUUGGUGUGAGGUUGCCACGGGGUCUGGAGGAACUGGUCGGUGGUCGAAGGAGAGGAGGUAUGGGCGGCUUUCAGAGCGAAAGAUACUAUGCCAGGGGCGGAGCGAGGGAUUUUGGAAGUGGGUCGAAUCUGCCGGGCAUGGGAGGAGGAAUUGGAGAGAAUCUGGGGGGGCUGUUGAAGGUGGCUAAGAUGUUUAUGUGA